UCCUCUCUCUCUCACUCUCGGAGCACACGAGCACGAGCCGCGGCUGGUGUGAGAUGGUGAGUCUAACUAGGGUUUGAUCGAUCCCAUCCCUUCCCCCCAUCCACCUAUCGCCGCCGCCUCCGACCUCGCCAUGCCCCGCUCCGUCGUCGUCUAGGGUUAGCUCGAUCGCUAGCUCCACCACAACCAGCUACAACCGCGCGCUCCCGACGACGGAACAUGAUCCGCCUCCGCGCCGCCGCCAAGGCUGCCGCGUCGCUGGCCCGCGGGCGCACCACCAUCGCCACCGAUGCUGGCUGGUCGUCACACCUCCGUGCUGUCUGUCACCAACCGCUCUGAGCUGCUGCGCCAGGGGCAGGGGGCGACGACACGGGAGGCCGCGUCGCUCGCCGCCAUCCAGGACGACACCAGAGCGGUGGCCGCGGUGAACGCCGUGCUCUUCUCCAAGGACGUCGCCGUCGCCAAGGAGACGGGCUGGCGCCGGGACGCCAAGAUCACCGUCCGCGGGCGCGGCCACGGCAACCCACCGCGCGCUCUCGUCGUCCGUCCGCUCCCGUUGCUGCCCCCUUCUCCGUUCCUCCGCAACAGGGGCAUCUCGUCACUCCCCUCCAACCAGAAAGACCAAGGUCUCAAAGAGCUGCUCGAUUCUCAUGGAGGUGGACCAGGCGACAGCAGCGCCAUGAACGGCAUCGCCUACAAGCACAUCAAUGACGACGCCGACAAAGCCAAGAUGGCUGACGGCGCCGGCCUCCAGGACGCGACCGAUGUCGACAAGUUCGGUACCGGAGCGGGAGGUGCGGGCAGCCAGGAUGUCGAGGGCGCGGGCGACCAGGACAAGGCCAAGAAUGUCGCCGCGGUGGUCGUCGAUGGCACGAGCGACGUCGACAAGGCCAAGGAUGUUGCCGGGGUGGUCGUUGAGGGCGACGCCGACAAGGCCGACGACCGCGCGCCCGGUGCUCGUCGCCGUCGGAGGACGAAACCUCGCGAUGAACGUCUUCUCCAAAGGAUUCUUCUCUACGCCAGGAACAUCUCUGGCAAACUCGACGACUUGUGUUCUCGUCCGAGGACCGGAGCUGCAGACAUGGAUAAAAUCAAGGUCAUGAUGAAUCAACUUCGUUGGAGUAUACCUUUUACAACUGGACUAGGCCUCUUUGUUGGAGUUGUUGUGACAGUUGUACUGGCGAUCAAGUUCGGAAUUCCCUUCGUGAUUGACAAGUUCGCGCAAGAGUUGGGUAUGGUGCUUCAAUCAAUUGAUGCAGAAGACGUGAAAAUGGUUAUAGACACCUUUACCAACCUCAUUCUGGAGAACGUCUGGGCUUUUCUGGUUGGGAAGAUCCCAUACUUUGGACGCUCCAAGUGAUCUAUAUGAGAGGAUGUGAGGCUUAUUUCUUUCUCUAAGACUUGAUUAGAAGAACAGUGGUUUAAUUUAUGCCUGAGUGCGUGCAUGCAUGCUCUGUUUGAUGUGGAUGUAUAAUCUGGAUUCAAAGAUUAGCUGCGGGCGUUGGAUGUAUGCUAGUCUGGGUUUAGUUGUCUGUUUAAUCUCGGGCUGAAGCAAUUUGCAGCUCAUUCUAGCUCCAAUAUAACACCUGCCAAUUUUGUUGUUGA